CAGCUUCCUUCUCGUCUAACUCCCCAGUUCUCAUACUUCAUCUUCCUCCGUAGAUUUCUUCACCUCAGGAACGUCGUGUGACAGUGCCUUCUACACCAACCAAAACCGUCAGUCUCGACCGCCACUCUCGCAUCUGUCUCCACCCGUCGUCCACGAAGAAAACACGCACUUCUCCAGCUCUUUUUUAUCUGUCUCUGUCUCUGUCUCUGUCUCUCUCUGUUUGUUUCUUAGGAAUUUCUUCAAAUUUCUGAAUAGUUGAUAACAUUUGGGUUUUUGUUUUUUACAAAUCCCAGUACAAAACUUUCUAAUAGUCUGAGAAGAUUGUCCGGCGCAGCCACGGUUUCUCUUUCUCUCUCUCUCUCUGACGGGUUCAUUAAAUCAUGAUUCAUUAGUUUAUUUUGUUGUUUGAACUUUGAAGUUUUGAACUUUGGACUUUGGAAGUUUGGAAUCAAUGAUCAUACGCUAUCCAUUUGUAAAAUUUGUCAAUACGUGGUACUUGUAGGAUCAACGGGUUUUAAGGGGGUUUAAGCUGUAAAGACGACUCGUCGGUAAACAUUGGAAGCUCAUCUUUUUGUAAGCCUAAGGUUACCCCUGUAGAGCAUUGUCUUUAGGUAUCAGUUAACGAGUCCUUGAAAAUAUUUACUAUUGAAUUUGCAUUUCACUUUGAACUUGUUUUUCCGUCCAUGUUUGUGGGUUCGCUUUCUUGUACUUUUUGUCUCUGAUGUGUGUAACUUAUGCCCUACCUCCCCCAAGGAAAAAAAAAUUCAUGUGUGUAUACGUUUGUUGUUUUUAUGAACCCGAAGAUGAUAACUUUAGAAUGUUGGAUGGUUAUUACUAUGUUUUUUACCUUUAUUUAUUUAUUUUAUUACCGAAAUGUGCUGUUUUUUUCCCUAUUCUAAUUGAGCGACCAAAUGGAAGAAAAGGGACCUUGGAAUUAUUUGCUUUAAAGCUUUCUUAGUUGUUCCAUAGUAAGGUAAACUGAUAAUUUAAGUGCAACUGAUAAGUUAAGUGCACAUUUCAGGUUUAUGGGAUCAUCAAAUAUCAGAGAUUUGUUGACAUCAUUUAGUCCUUCUUUAGACUUCUUUGCCAUAAGUUCUGGAGAUGGUCGAAUUAAGAUCUGGGAAACUUUGAAGGGCCAGAUACAGACUGAAUUCUCAGACAUCACCUCAACUGAUGAGAUAAAUAUAUUAACCAGACAUGAAAGAGGGCACCUUUCAGUUGAUUAUACAUGCAUGAGGUGGUUAUCUUUGGACAGAAAGAGAAAAAGGAAGCUUGGUUACUCAUUGUUAGUCUUAGGAACAGGUAGUGGUGAUAUUUUAGCACUGGAUGUCUCUGCUGGUCAAUUGAAAUGGAGAAUUAGCGACUGCCACCCUGGGGGUGUUAAUGCCAUUUCAUCUCCUACGAAUGGUUCCUGUAUUUAUACUGCAGGUGCUGAUGGCAUGUUAUGUGAAAUUGAUUCUCUGUCGGGAAACCUGUUGCAGAAGUUCAGAGCUUCUACAAAGGCAAUUUCCCGUAUAUCUGUUUCGUCAGAUAGGAAGAUAUUAGCAACUGCAUCUGCACAGUUGAAGAUUUUCAAUAGUUCUGAUCACAAAAAGAUGCAGAAGUUUUCUGGGCAUCCUGGAGCUGUUCGCUGUAUGAUUUUUUCUGAAGAUGGGAAGUACAUCCUCUCCUCAGCUGUUGGUGAAAGAUAUAUAGCAGUAUGGAGAAUAAGUGGCGGCAAAAAGCAGUCAGUAAGCUGUGUUCUUGCAAUGGAGCACCCUGCUGUAGUACUUGACAGCAGGUGCAUUGAUAAUGGGGAAGCCAGUGAUGCAGGUCUAUAUGUUUUGGCUAUUUCAGAAGUUGGGGUUUGUUAUCUUUGGUUCGGUCAGAAAAUUGAGGAGCUACGCAAUAGCAAGCCUACAAAAGUCUCAUUAUCUUUUGAGGACAUUCCAUCUAUAAAUCAUAAGGGUGCAUUACCUACAAUAUUUGCUGCAAAAUUACAAGCCAUUACCAAACCUACGUCUGGGCAGGUCUUUGUUGCUUAUGGGUUACCAGUAAAGCCAUCCUUUCAGAAGAUUUUAGUGCAUUCUAGCUCAGAUAUAAGGUUGAAUAUCUCCAAUGAUGGGGUUCUUCUACCAAUUAGUCAAUCUCGCAUCAAAUCUAAGAAAGGAUUAGAUUUUCAAAAUGGAGUUACUGCAUUAGACCGUGCAAAUGCAGAGGAUGCCUUACUUCCUAUUCCGAAGAUUUAUUCUCAUGAAAAAAAGAAAAUAUAUACAAAUAUGAUUGUUGAGCCUGAUGAGGUAACGGCUCAUUCAAGUGGCAGUAACAGUCAAGCCAAGCUUGUAGAGAGGGAAGAUGACAUGGAUGAAGUAGAAGUGGACACUGAAGCAUUUUGCAUGGAGGACAAGCUGAGAUCAUUAGGGAUACUUAGUAAUGGAGAUGACCUAACAUUAGACUGUACAGUUGAUUUUGCAACAUUCAAGGGUGUUAAUCUUGAAGCUGAAAUGCCACCGAAGAAGAUAAGGGCAUCUGUUCUAUCUAUGGACCCUAGUGAUGCAUACAAGUUACUGCGAGUGUUGGUGUCCAAGUGGCAAUUUAGCAUUGACUUUUCAUUACCUAUCCGUUUGGUUUUUUCACCUCUUAGAUCGUCAGCCUCUUCUAGUUUGAACUCUUUGUAUUCUCACCAGGGCAUGCAGUGGAAAGUAUGCCCUUCCAUGGAUAUAUCAUAUACUUUUGAAUCACAGUCAUCAUGUUAUGUCUCAGGAACCGACAAGCCAGAUGCUCAACUCCUUAUAAAAGAUUACUAAACCCAGAGGUGCUGCCAUCCAACCUUUAUUACAAUUAUCGGGUCGUUUGCAACUUUUGAUGGCACAGAUUGACAGGGCUUUGCAGAACAAAACUCGGAUUUCGGCAUAUGAUAGCCAAAUAAAUGAAAGUGAAGAUGAGGGUGAAGAAGUUGAUGAAAUUCUUUAUGGAGAAGAAGAUGAUGAAUCUGAAUUAAGCAGUGAUGACAAUAGCUAGGUGCAUUGUACCAUAUGAGGUAAAUACUAUAUUAAGAGCAAGGAGAUUUUAUUUUUCCUUUGUUCUAGAAGUCUAUAUAAUUAGGAGGCAGACAGCUUGGAAGAGAUAAUUAUGUGAGCAUCCAUCAAUACCGUGAGCUUUGGUUGACAUUUUCAAGGCCUGGCAAGGUACUUGGAGUUUGAUCUUAAGGUUUUAGUCAUGCUUGGAGUAAAGGUCAUUAUCCUCAUGUAGGCAAGGCUGCUGAAAUCUAUGUAUGAGACAGUAAGUGUGUCCUUUCUACCAGUUUCAUGUUGAUCAAGACACAGAGGCUUAACACAUGGUGCAGGAUGUACAUCAAUUUGGGCCAGGUUGUUUACCAAUGGUGCCAAAUUAACCUACUUCAAACCUUUCUGUGGUCAGGCUGUUUCUCGCCUUGUCUUAUGGCCUACAGCUUUGUUUCCUUCUAGUUUUCCUCCUCGCUCAUGGGGAGGGAAUUCGGGUCAUGUCCAGACUGGUCCAUCAGGUGUUCUUUUUUCUUUUUUAAUUUUUGCCUGUAAUGUUGAAUGAGGCACAGUUUUGUAUCCCACCACACGAAUUAUUACUUAAAAAAAAUUGUCCCAUUAUGUUACUUAGAAAUAUAAAUUCUUCUGAAGGUUUAUGCCA